GGAGUUUAAAAGUGAAGUGCAUCGGUCAACGGUGAAGGGACUGAUAAUCAGGCCCAAUGCGACGUGCAUCGAAACGCUGCACGUGUGGUAGUUCGUUCCACAAAACAACGCGGGAAAUAAGGUUGACGUUGACGUUGACUUAAUAGUUGUAUUUCAGUGAUAUAUAGUUCAGUGGUGUUAACAGUGGUGGUAUGAUGCAGUUACUGAAUUAAUACAGUUCUUCAUUCGGUUAUUUGGCAGUCAUUCUCUUUAAAACGAUUCGAAAAUUCACCCGGCGUUCGGCUGAUCGUUGACUGAUGAUUAGUACGUACGUCAGUCAACGGGCUGAUGGCCGUAGCGGCGAUUCUGCAAAGUUCAAGAAUCGGUGGAGAUAUUGACUACUUUCUAUUUGAGUUCUACGCGAUUCUACGUUGUGUAUUGACAUGUUGUUCAGAGGAAGUGGUGAAUAAAAAGCGAUUGAAAGUUCUGUUUAGUCCGAGGCAAUCCCGUUCUCAAACCCUCAAACGCUGUAGUGCGCUAUGUGAUACGACAUAACCUAGACAAUUUCUGAUUACAAGCAUUUUGUAACACGGAAUUUGUUCAAUUUUGUGGACUCAGAACAAUUUGAUUUAAGAGUCAUAAAACUCCUCCAAAAUGAGUGCUCGACUGUUGAAGGAUCCUGCGACCAUCAACAGCCGGAUCUUUGUUGGUCAUUUGCAAACCGAAGAUAUGAACAAACAUGAAUUAGAGGAACACUUUCAGAAAUAUGGCAAUGUUGUUGGAUCCCUGAUUAAUAGAGGAUUCGGGUUUGUUCAGUUUGAAGAUGAACAAUCUGCACUGAAUGCGAUCCAAAAUGAAAAUGGAACAUUGUUCAAAGGCAGACGAAUAGAUGUCAGACCUGCCAAAAAAGAUAAUCAAGCUGGUGGAGGAGUUGGAGGAGGAGGAGGAACAGGUAUACCAACUGCUGUAACUGGACCAGGGAGUACUGGGAUUGGCCCAGUGAUCGCUGGCGGAGGAAAUGAGAAUCAGAGUAACUUUGUGCCGCCACAGGGAAGUGGGAACAACUCCUUUGGAAAUGGAAGUAACCAAUUUGGUGGUGGAAAAGAUUCGUUCAGUGGAAAUGGAAACCCAAGUUUUGGAAGUGCAAAUCAAAGUUUUGGUGGUAAUAAUCCGAAUUCUUUUGGCGGAAACCAGCCUAGAGGCCCUGGAAAUGAUCAAUUCAGUGGCAAUCAAGGUGGUCAUCAACCUCGUGGACCACUUGGUGAUCAAUUUGGUAGUAACCCUGGAGGUAAUCAACCGCGAGGAGCACCGAAUGAUCAAUUCGGUAGCAACCAAGGAGGUAAUCAACUUCGGGGACCAUCCAGCGAUCAGUUUGGUGGAAACCCUGGAGUUAAUCAAUCUCGGGGCGGACCCAAUGAUCAAUUUGGUGUCAACCAGGGAGUUAUUCAACCACGGGGAGGGCCUGGUAAUGAUCAAUUUGGUGCAAACCAAGGAGGUAACCAACCCCGGGGACCCUCCACUGAUCAAUUUGGCGGCGGGAAUCAGAAUCGAGGCGGCAAUAACCAAAACCGGAGUGGCAAUAUCGACCAAUUCAACUCUGAGAAUCAGAUUCGAGGAAGCGCAGAGCAGUAUGUGCCAAGCAAUCAAAAUCGCGGUCCUGGGAAUCAAAACCGAGGGCCUGGAAAUGAUCAGUUUGGAGGUACAGGUGGUCCUGGUAUUGGUGGAAAUCAAAAUCAAAAUCAGAACCAAAACCCAAACCAAAAUCAAAAUCAAAACCAGAAACAAAAUCCGAAUCAAAACCCAAACCAAAAUCGUGGAGCAGGAAACAAUCAGGGAGGAAACCAAGCGCCAAUUGGAAGACCAAGGGGGCACAGAGGUGGUAAAAAUCGAAACAAGAACCGAGACAAUAGUGGCGGUGGAGGAGGAGGUGGAGGCGGAGGUGGUGGGAACAACAAUUUCAGAGAUCGCAGCCCAUUGAACAGAGGAAACCACAAUGAUGAAAAGCUAGGGAGAGAUUGGGAUCGUGGCAAACAAAUUGAAAGGGGUCGUAGUGUCGGUUAUGGACGGGAUUCAUUUGGGGACAUUGGCAGUCGGGGCUAUGAUGAUUUCGGAUGUCUACCGACGGGGGGUAGAGAUGUCAGCUCUGCAUUUGGGUCACUUUCUGGAGCAAGUGAUUACCCGGCCUCUAUUGCAGCUGAAAAGAACGAUUGUGAGAUCAUCGUGGUCAGCAAAGCAUUAACUGAGUAUGCAGAGGCGAUAGAAAUGAGAUUGAAGAAACUUGGUUUAACUGUGGAUCUAUUAUUCCCUAAUGAAGAUGUGCCACUCAGCCGUGUUCUUGGGAAUAUUGCCAGUCGCGGGUGUUUGUACGCUGUUGUUGUGACUCACAUCAAUCAAGAACACAGAUCUCUCACUUUAAACAUUCUACACGGGCUUCCUCAAGAGCACAGGAAUAUGCCGGUUGAGGAUGCAAUUAAUCUGAUAAAUCGAGACUUCACCAGUCAUAAAGCAGGAAGUUCGCGUUCUGUACCAUUAAAUGCACCACUAACUGCUGAUCGCCAUCCAGAUGCAGUUCAAGUACUGUUAAACAUGUUGGCAGACAAUCGGUUGUUAACGGUUCUACAGUAUGACAGAGUUUUGAGGUAUUUGGAAUUGAAACGAGAAGCCCAAGUCCAAAUCGAACUUGGAGAUGCAAAGGACCUGGCAACUGCCACCCCUGCGGCGAGUGACCCAAAACAAGCUGAACUACAGUCAAGAAUUUUGAACAUCUUGAAUAGCAGCAAACCAGCUUUAGCUGUAGGGCCUGUUCCUAGCCCAGUUCCGGCGCCUACUCCGGUUCCACCAGCAAAUUGGGGUGCAGCUUCUUCAAAAACGGUACCCACAACAACUGCUGCAAGUUCUGGGAUAACUCCGUCUCCUCUGCUGAAUGAUCCAACUGUACAAAAAGCGCUAGACAGUCUCUUGCAAGGAAAUUUGCUCAAGAGCAUUGGAGAUCCGCAGCCCGCUGCCGCAACACCUCUGUUUGCAGCUUUUCCCAAUAUCGGCCGAUUCUAAAAAGAGAAAAAACCGCACCUGCUUUGAAAAAGUUAAGAAAUCCUAUCGCUAUUUCAUACUACAACGACCAAGACAAGUCUUCUGUAUUUUAAUGCACUUCCCUCUUAAGUGGUUCCAUGCGACAUCUAAAUUUUUGCUUUGGGUUUAGCUUCUUCAAUCUUGUAAAUACACACGAAUAUUCCUGCCUCGAUUGAAAAAAAUAUUACUCAUUAUUUGUUUAGUAAAGUAAAAGCUAAAUGUUGGGAUACAUUUCGUACAGUACGUUACUCAAUUCUUCUUCUCAGAGCGUGGAAGCAAGGUUUCAAUUCAUAAAAAUGCUUCCCAAAGAAUUCGAGUAUGUAUUGAGAUAUCCUUUGCUCUUUGAGUACUUGAACUAAUCUCAAACUUAGUUAAUAGAAUUUGAAGUUGCCUGUGUUGAUUUUCCAUGUUUAAUUCGACCCAUCUUUAGUACUUUCAUUUAUCUGUUGGAUCGCAUCUUUUUUUAGUUUUUUUUUCUCUACACUGUAGUGUGUGCGACAUUUGAAAAAAACUCACAACGUGACGAAUGAAUUUUGUGAAAAAUGCCGUAUUGUGCAUAGAUUUAGCAACAAUCUGGUCAGCCCAAAGUAAAAAUCGAAUAGUUUAAAUGAUGAAUUCUAUACCAUAAAAUUCAUAGCUAUCGAUAAGUAAUGACUGGUAUCCUAUAACAUUUUUAAUAGAUCAACUUUGGUAUGAGUACAUAUUAACACGCAUGGUGCACAGAAUAUCGUAUAAAAUUGUUUUUUGAUCGGUCCCAUGUUCGGCCUGUUCACUCUUCUUUUUGACAAUCUGAUCGGAAAUGGAGAAUUUUAAAUUCCUGCCGGUAAUGUGGUAAUAAUUUUAAACGGAAGUAUGGCCCACGUGUGAGAGAUUUUUGGUAAACUAUGAAAUGACCGUGGUUUUAAAUAAAUCUUAUAAUACAUUGAUGGAUUCCAUUGUCACCAUUGCAAAUAUAAUGACGACCAACAUUGAUUAUCUAAUUGAAUCAAAUAGUGAACUAGUACGUAUGUAAUAACAGAUUGUGAUGAUUGACGUAAGAUGCAUGGUCCAACUGAAGGACUGUGCAAGUUAUUAUGAAGCUUGAGUUUAGGAUGUAUGGUCGGAAAAAUCGAAUCUAUAAUAUGGAAAGAUGAAUCUGAGUUUGGACGAGAACGUAUAAGUUAAAUCCCUAUGUAUUGCGCAUCUUACAUGUAAUGUUCUACAUGAUGUGAUAGGUACUGAGAUUUUCAUAUUCUGGACGUUGAUUGAUUAUCAAUGAAUUGCUUAUUAUUCGUUUUAUUUUGUCAUCAUAAAACAAUACCUAGGUCACCACACCCACAUUGAGAGAUGAAUAUUGUGUACCGAUUAUGAAAUCAAUAAAUACAUACCCAAGUA